CCCGCGGUGCUGGCGGCGCUUCGAGGGCGCCUGGGCGCGCUGUGCUGGAGCCUGGCUCCCCUGUCCCUGUCCCUGUCCCUGUCCCUGCCCGGCUGGCGGGACUCGGCCCCCCGGCCGCGGCGGGAGCAGGAAUGGGACGAUGCGCUGCCGACGCCCACCAGCGUCAAUUACCACUUCACCCGGCAGUGCAACUACAAGUGCGGCUUCUGCUUCCACACGGCCAAGACCUCCUUCGUGCUGCCCCUGGAGGAGGCCAAGCGGGGGCUGGCGAUGCUCAAGGAAGCAGGAAUGGAGAAAAUCAAUUUCUCGGGAGGAGAACCGUUCCUUCAGGACAGAGGCGAAUUUGUAGGCAAACUGGUCCAGUUUUGCAAGCAGGAGUUGGAGCUCCCAAGCGUCAGCAUUGUCAGCAAUGGCAGCCGGAUCAGAAAGCAGUGGUUCGAGCAGUACGGUGAAUAUUUAGAUAUUCUAGCAAUUUCAUGUGAUAGUUUUGAUGAGGAUGUCAACGUUUUGAUUGGCCGUCGUCAGGGAAAGAAGAACCACGUGGAAAAUCUGCAUAAACUGAGACAGUGGUGCCGAGAGUAUGCUGUUGCUUUUAAAAUAAAUUCGGUCAUCAACAGAUUUAAUGUUGAGGAAGAUAUGAAUGAGCAGAUCAAGGCACUCAACCCUGUGCGCUGGAAGGUAUUCCAGUGCCUGCUUAUCGAAGGGGAGAACAGCGGUGAGGAUGCCCUAAGAGAAGCAGAAAAAUUCGUUAUCAGUGAUGAAGACUUUGAUCGAUUCCUGGAUCGUCACAAAGGUGUCUCCUGUUUGGUACCUGAAUCUAAUCAGAAGAUGAGAGAUUCAUACCUCAUUCUGGAUGAAUAUAUGCGUUUUCUAAACUGUAGAAAUGGACGGAAAGAACCUUCCAAGUCCAUCCUGGAUGUUGGUGUAGAAGCAGCUAUAAAAUUCAGUGGAUUUGAUGAGAAGAUGUUCCUAAGAAGAGGAGGAAAGUAUGUGUGGAGUAAAGCCGAUAUGAAACUGGACUGGUGACUCAAUAGACUGAGUUAGGGCAGUGCAUUCUGUAAAAACAGAUGUAUACUCAUAGGUGAGUGUAUACUUGUAUCUAAUGCUUUUAAUUACACUUGGUAUUUUACCCAGAACAAUGUUCAUUAUAACUCUAUAUGUUAAUAUGUUACAUAUUUUUAAAUGCAGAUUACAUUGUCUACUGUUUUCAUGAGCAUGACUAAAUACUUUCAGAGCUUCCACAUGAACAGAUUUCUGAAAUUAACUUUGUAGUCUAUUGCACCAAGAACUUAAAGGCAAACUAUUUUUAUAAAAUACUACAUGAGUGUGCAUGCCAGAUAACGAACCAAAAAACACCUCAAAGUCUAAAUCAUUCUAAACAGCUGUAAUGAUGGAGAAGUCAAAAUACUUAUCAGGAAAUGCAUUCUGCCUGUUUCUCAGGGAAAGAUGAAUUGCAGUUCCUGGACAGAUCACUGGAGGGCCAGAUGCUCUAGAAGCAUCUUCUGCUUUUUUCAGGGGUAAUAGAGGGUCAGAAUCUAGGAAUCUUUAAGUAAUAAUGUAUUUAAAAGGAAAUCAAGGUGAAAAAAUUGGCAAUUUUUAUUCUUUAAGACUUAAUUGUAACAGCAUGUUCUCCCUCUCCUCUGUAUACAUACAUGAUAUUUGCAAAAAUGUUUGGGGGUGUAAUUUUCUGUGAGUACAUAUUUUUAGUCGUGAAAAAAUAUUGUACUUGUCCAUCCUAAAACCUAGAAGUACAUUUCACCUAAUGAUAAACAACAUCAUAUUUCACACUGGCAAUGUCUUUAGUUCUAACAAAUAUUUACAGUGAAACACUGUUUUCAUUUUAUUAAUAUUUCCAUUUUCCUUUCUUCUGCAAAUAUUGAUUUAUUAUUUUCAACUAUUGUUGAACUGUGGGCAUACAGUUAUGAGGAAGAGUCCUUCUCAAACUAAUUAAUACCAUGUAGAACAGCCUAACAUAUAUCUUCUGUUGCACACUAGCUUUUUAUUUGGCUAAGCCAUGGAACUACAAACAGCAAAGUUCAUAUAUCAAGCAACCUUGUUUUAAAGGUUGCUUGUCUCAGUAACUAAUUAGCUUGCUGGUUACAAACCUGCAGAUAUUAAAUGAAACUAGUCUGGUUUUGUGAGAGCUACCUUUGAUUUUAAGAGCAGGCAGCAUCAAUAUAAAAUA